AUGAUUGAAUUUGAAUUUAGUAUUGACUUUAAACAUCACCUUUUGGAAAAUUUGUACACAAAUCCCAACGUUUCAGAUAAUCCUAACCCUCCACAUUCUGCUAAAUCCUCUCAGCCUAUUCAAUUUAGCAACCCAUUCUCUUCUCAGCCACCCCACUUUACCUCAACAUUCUCUUCUCAGCCCUCUCAUUUUAGCUCAACAUUCUCUCCUCAGCCUCUUAACUUUAGCCCAACAUCCGAAACUGAAGACUGUAUAGAGGUUACAGUUGAAGAGACUGAAGAAAACGGCGGCAGAGGAAGUAGGAAGCGGUGGAGUGCAAAGGAAGAUUUCAACCUCAUAAGUGCUUGGUUGAACACAAGCAAGGAUCCAGUUGUAAGUAAUGAGCAGCGGUUAACAAGUUUCUGGAAGAGAGUUGCAGACUAUUACAAAGCAAAUGAUGGAUCAGCCGGUUCAAACGCAAGAGGGCCUUCACAAUGUAAGGCUAGGUGGAACAAGAUAAACCACCAAGUCAACAAGUUUGUGGGAUGUUACGCACAAGCAAGUGCAAGAAGGAAAAGUGGAGAAUCAGAAGAUGACGUGAUGAGAAUGGCGUAUGAGCUUUACAAUAACGACAUGAAGAAGCCAUUUAUGCUUGGACAUUGGUGGAGGGAGCUGAAGCACGAUCAGAAAUGGAUCACAGAAGAAUGUAACCACAAGCGGACUAAGCUUGCAUCUGAGACUACUACUACGUGCAAUGAUGGAUCUGAGAAGAGGCCUCCGGGGGUUAAAGCUACUAAGAACAAAGGGAAGAAACCGACUGUUAGUAUUGAUGUUGAGGAUGGUUCUGUCCGUAAGUUAGAUAAGAUCAUUGCAAUGAAGGAUCAAGAACAAGCGGCUAAAGAGAGGCACGACAAGAUAAGAUUGCUAGACAGCCUGCUUAACAAGAGUGAACUAACACCAGCUGAAGUGCUACUUAGAGACAAACUAGUAGAUCAAAUGUUGACAAACAUUUAG